AUGUCGACUUCAGCCGCUUCUACUGAGGUAGUGCACACCGGCAGCAUUGCCCACAGACUCGUUGCCGCUACCGUCGUCGCCAUUGUUGUUCCUACCAUCGCUCUCGGCCUGCGCCUUCUCGCCAGACAUGUUCUGCGCAUCCGCCUCUACUUCGAUGACUGGCUCAUCAUCAUCGCUUGGAUGUUCAAGAUCGGUCUCGACAUCAGCGGCUCCUUGCUCAUCGAGCAUGGAAUGGGUCGUCCUGCAGCAACCGUGAGCGCCGCCGACCUCGAUGCCUUCCUAAAGAUUCAGUUCACCGGUGUCAUCCAAUACCCUCUCUGCGUCACCUUCACCAAGCUUUCGAUUCUCUAUCAAUACCGACGCCUCUUCCCCAACCGCGACUUCAAGCUCAUGACCAGUACCUUGAUUGCUAUCAUGAUCAUGUGGUGCACUGGCGUCAUGUUUACCGGAAUCUUCAUGUGCACACCCGUCCACAAGGCCUGGAAGCCUUUCACUCCUGGCUCUUGUAUCUCUCUCGUUCCCUACUACUACGGCAUGCAGAUUCCCAACGUCAUCACCGAUCUUCUCAUCCUUCUCUUGCCUUUCCGUGAGAUUCAGAGACUUGAGCUGCCUUUCAAGCAGAAGAUUGGUGUGGCCGCCGCUUGUUUCCUUUGGGUCAUCUCCUUGGUCUUUGGAAUCAUUCGUCUGGCCGUCUUGGUCGAGUUGAAGAACCAGGGACACGACGCGACUUGGAUCCUCGUCAACCCUGCCAUCUGGACUACCAUCGAACCCGCCGUACAAAUCACUUGCGCCUGCCUACCCGCCUGUCGCGUUCUCUACCGCAAAUACACCGACCGCAACAAGAAACAACCCAACUCCGAACGUCUGCGCAGUCUCUCACUGUCGUCUCGUCCUCGCAACGGUACCUUCGACGGUUCCAGUGUGGGUGAGACUACCAUCAGUGGUUCCUGGACUACCAAGGAUCACAACGCUCGUCCAGUCGCCAAGGAGAGAGAUGUCUAUGUCUAA